AACCUGAAGAUUAUAUCAUUUAUCUGAGUUUAAGUCGAAACUCGAUUCAGAUAAAUUCAAUCCUCACUUACAAGUCUUAACCAUGGUUAAAAUUGGGCUUAUUAUGUCUGUUCACGCAAGCAAGCUUUCGUCCUCAUUUUACCUCCAACUUGUCUAUUGACUCUAUUCUUCUGCAAGAGCAGGGAUAAUUGACAAAAGAAAAGGAAAGAUAAUAUUAGUGGCUCAUGGCUUUUAAGCAUUGUUUAUUGUUUUCAAUAUAGAGGAGGCCCCUCUUGGUUUUCAAUUGGGUCAUAUCGAGUGAGAGGCAUAUCAUAUUCACACGCUUAUUACAAACACACAAGACUAUUAAUCCGUUUCUAGAAUCUGGAUAUCAGUCAAAUAUAUCAGUCCGGUUGCUUUGGGAUCUUAGAGAGAGACAAAGAGAGCUGAGCGUUUGUGGGGAAGGCCAGGGAUGUAGAAAGAACAUCAAAAGUUGCCAAAAGGUUCUAUUUUGGUUAUGAGUUUAGGGGCUUAUAAGAUAGUCAAGUUUUUGGUGAAUGGUUAUUGAUGGAUAAAGAAACAUAUUGAUGGGGAAAAAGAAGUCAAGGAAAACCAAGGAGCUUUCGGUAGCCAUAGCUGAAGCCUCAUCAACAGGAGAAGAAGCCCAGCAGCAGGUACAGUCUCAGACUCCUAAGAAGAGAGGCAGACCUCGAAAGAUAGUUGAGAAGAUUGAAAGCGAUGAGAUUGAUAUUGAAGAACAAACUGGAAAGGAAGCACCAGCGGCGGAUGAGAGUCGAUCAAAGAAAGUUAAAAAGAGUGAAGAAGAGCAAAAACAAGAGGUGAAGGCAGAGCCAUCAUCGGCUUCUGUGGGAGAGGAUCAGUCUUCAGAGAGAGAGCCUUCAAGAAGCAGCAGCAGAGCUAGGAGAAAAAGCAAACCCAGAAAGAGCAGUUAAAUUUGAUGUUAAUUUUAAAUGUUUCUUGAGUCUUUUCAUUUUUCUAUAUUUAUCUUGAAAUCAUUCCUUGAUUUCUCCAUGAAACGAAAAAGAGAAAGAAUAAUAAAGGAAGUUCAGUUUUGUGUUUGAUUGCAA